GGAGACAAGGGAAUAGCGGGACAGAGAGAGGGAGAGUGUGAGGGGAAGGAAAGAGAGCUGCUUUCUUUGGUGCUUUUUAAUUGGCUGAACAUCAAUUGUUCACUCAGCGUUUUAAAGUGGCCUUUCUUUUUCAGUUUCUUUGUUUUUAUUCCCGUCACGGAUUGGCACACGCCCCCUGUCGGGCAACAUUAGCGCCUUCCAAUGUUAAUAUCUGUGUGAGAGAGAGUUCCCCGGGGCUGACCAUGAAAUCAGCCAUCCCUUGGCCAGUGGAACUGGGACUGACGGUGCUGUACUCGGUGCUCUGCUGUGCGCUCUUCCUCGCCACAUACGUGCAGCUCUGGCUGCUUUUACACUACAAACAGAAGAGGUUCGGCUACCAGAGCCUCUUGCUGUACCUGUGCCUCCUCUGGGCAUCUUUUAGGACCGUUCUCUUCUCCUUUUACCUUAGAAACUGUGCCCAGUCCAAUGACCUGCAGCCAUUCCCCAGCUGGCUCCUGUAUUGCUGCCCCGUGUUCUUGCAGUUCUCCACUUUGUGUCUCCUUAAUGUUUAUUUUUCGCAGGUUAUUUUUAAAGCCAGGUGUUCUCCAGAGUUUAACAAAUACAAAACUUCACUUCGUUUGGGAUUUUUAUUCACAUUUAUGGCUUUUCUGAUUGUCAACCUGUGCUGUGUCCUGAUUACUUAUGGCAGUUUAUCGGCUGACCAGCAAGGAUGGAUAACCAUGACAAGAACGAUAGUUAGCGAUUGUCUCUUUGUGGCUUGUUCAAUUACAUUGGCCAAGAACACCUACAAAAUUGCAAACUUGUCCCCGGCCAAUGUCUACCUAGAAUCUAAGGGCACAUCUGGGCAUCAAGCAGUUUUAAUGGGCUCUGUAAUUAGCUUACUCUAUAUUUUGAGGGCCUGCUACAAUUUGGUUGUAAUCUCUAUAUCACCAGAGUAUAAGCCAAGCCCUUUUAGUUAUGGAUGGAAUGGUGUCUCUGAUCAUGCUGUUACAGAGGAUGUGAUUGGUCUAGAAUAUCUGCUGUUUGGAAUUCUUAUUCUGUUUUGUGAACUGCUGCCAAUGGGCUUGAUGGUGUAUUUCUUCCGUGCAAAAAGGUUAAGCCAAAACCUGGAAGCUGCAGGGAUGGUGAACAGUCACAGUUUUGGAUCCAGGGCAUACUUUUUUGAUAAUCCUCGAAGGUACGAUAGUGAUGAUGACUUGCCAAGGCUUGCUUCUGCAAGAGGAGAGCGAGGAAGUUUGUCUUCUACCCCCAAAACUUCUGCAUGGUAUGGAGCAAUAUGUCCAAGUAACGGCUGUGCCCUCUCACCACCUCUGCUCAAUGGAACUGCUUCAGGGACUCCUAUACUGUUUACAUGUGGAGCACAAACACUGGCAUAGCUUGUGUUAUUCACUGCACCAUUAGACUGCACCUUUUCAGCUGUCUAUUAUAGACAACAGGCAGCUCGUGUUUUUGUUUACGUUUAAAAAAAAAAAAAAAA